AUGAAGACGGACUUCAAGUUCUCCAAUCUCUUGGGCACUGUCUAUGGCAAAGGCAACCUGCUCUUCAACCCCGAUGGCACCUGCUUGUUGUCGCCCGUAGGCAACAGGGUCACUGUUUUUGACUUGGUCAACAAUAAAUCCUACACUCUGCCCCUCUUCCACCGCAAAAACAUCGUCCGACUCGAUCUCAACCCGCAGGGGAACUUGCUUCUCACUGUCGACGAAGAUGGCCACGCUGUCUUGACCAAUUUCAAGCGACGCAUUGUCAUUUAUCACAUGUCCUUCAAGGGCUCCGUCGAUGCGCUCAAGUUUUCCCCGUCCGGCCUCCAUUUCGCCGUUGGAAUCGGACGGCGAUUGCAAUUAUGGCAGACUCCGUCGGUUCCCGGGACCGACGCUGGUGGAGAACUUGAAUUUGCACCCUUCGUCCUCCACAGAGAACUGGCGGGGCAUUUUGACGCAAUCCAGAAUAUUGAAUGGUCUAGCGAUUCUCGAUUCAUCCUCACAUCUUCAAAGGACUUGACCGCCCGCGUGUGGAGUUUGGACCCCGAAGAUGGAUUCGAGCCGACUACGCUUGCAGGACAUCGUCAGGGAGUCAAGGCUGCCUUUUUUGCCGCCGAUCAGGAAUCUAUUUUCACCGUGAGCGAAGAUGGCGCUCUCUUCCGAUGGGAGUAUGCCACAAAAAGGCUGGAAGACGAAACGGAACGCGAUGCCCGCUGGAGAAUUAUGAAAAAGGACUUCUUCAUGCAGAACGAUGCCAAAUUGAAGUGCGCCGCCUUCCAUGCCAAGACCAAUCUACUAGUCGUUGGCUUCUCCAACGGCCUCUUUGGGCUGUAUGAAGUGCCGGGCUUCAACAAUAUCCAUAUGCUGAGUGUAUCGCAAAGCAAUAUCGAUUUUGUCACCAUCAACAAGUCGGGCGAGUGGCUGGCAUUUGGAUCUUCCAAGCAUGGUCAACUUCUUGUUUGGGAAUGGCAAUCAGAGUCGUACAUCUUAAAGCAGCAAGGGCAUUUAGACUCGCUGAACGCGCUUGUCUACUCUGCCGACGGACAACGAGUCAUCACUACUGCCGACGAUGGCAAGAUCAAAGUGUGGGAUACUGCCUCUGGGUUUUGCAUAGUGACAUUCACAGAACACACAGCCGCUGUUACGGAUUGCAGAUUUUCUAAAAAGGGAAACGUGCUCUACACAUCAUCCUUAGACGGCUCCAUAAGAGCAUGGGACCUUAUCAGAUAUCGAAAUUUCCGAACAUUCACAGCCCCGUCCAGGCUCGGAUUUACUUCCUUGGCGGUAGAUCCGAGCGGAGAAGUUGUUUGUGCCGGCUCACAGGAUUCUUUUGACAUCCAUAUUUGGUCCGUACAGACUGGUCAAUUACUCGACCGUCUGGCCGGCCACGAAGGACCUGUUGUGUCGCUAUCAUUUGCUGCCGACGGAAGCAAUCUCGUUAGCGGUAGCUGGGAUCGGACCGUUCGUAUAUGGAGCAUUUUCGGGCGAUCGCAAACUAGUGAACCACUGCAGCUACAGACUGAUGUUCUCAGUGUUGAUUUCAGACCAGAUGGCAAACAGAUUGCUGCUUCCACACUUGACGGCCAACUAAGUUUCUGGAAUGUGUUUGACGCCGUCCAAGAGAGCUCCAUCGAAGGACGCCAGGAUGUUUCUGGCGGCAGAAAAGUUUCUGAUCGACGAACAGCUGCUAAUGUUGAAGGAACAAAAUCAUUCACGAGAAUCACAUACAGUGCCGAUGGAUCUUGUUUGCUGGCCGGAGGCAAUAGCAAAUACAUCUGCUUGUACGACGUGACAACAGGCUCCCUUGUUAAGAAAUAUACGGUCUCUGUGAACACGUCCAUCGACGGCACUCAGGAGUACUUGAAUAGCAAAAACAUGACAGAAGCGGGACCACAAGACCUGAUUGACGAGACCGGUGAAGCUUCUGACCUGGAAGACCGUAUUGAUCGCAGUCUACCUGGUGCAAAGCGCGGUGAUGCUGGAGCACGAAAGACGAGGCCAGAAAUCCGAGUCUCAGCUGUCUCAUUUUCGCCUACUGGCCGGUCGUUCUGUGCUGCGACAACGGAGGGCCUUCUUAUCUACAGCCUUGACACGGAAUUUGUUUUUGACCCGUUUGACCUAGACAUCAAUAUCACUCCAGAUUCUAUCCUGGACACUCUCCAGGAAGCCAAGAAAGCUUCGUCUGCAGUUUCAACAGACGAUGCGUCCUACCUCAAAGCCCUUGUCAUGGCGUUCCGUCUGAAUGAGGCGCCCCUCAUUCGGACGGUGUACGAAAGUAUUCCACAUGUUGACAUUCCUCACAUUGUCCGCUCCAUUCCGCAAACCUACCUCCCCCGAUUUGUUCGGUUUAUUGCUCUCUCAACGGAUGAGACACCGCACCUGGAAUUCAACCUGCUUUGGAUCGAAUCAAUGCUGAGUGUGCACGGUCGAUAUCUGAAGGAGCAUGGUGGGGAAUUAGCCCCGGAAUUGAGGGCCUUGCAGAGAGUUCUAGAUGAUUUCCGUGAAAGUCUCAAAAGGCUCACAGAACGAAACCUAUACGAUCUGGAUUAUCUUCUUUCACAGCCGAUCCUCGGCCCUAAAAAGACCAACGGUGUUCUGAAAAUUGAUGAGAGCGCCCCUGUCGAUCAUGACAUGGCUGAUGCUAGCGACAGCGAAUCAGGCGAAUGGAUGGGACUUGAGUGA